AGAAAUAGAACCAUGAAGACAACGCUGAGCAUCUGUGUUCCCGGACAGCGGCUUUGCCGGGCCGACGACAGCCACGCUGCUGGUAGCGGCACGUACGUACGAAAUGGCUUCAUCUACGCGAGUCUCGCAGGAUACAUUUGCGAGAGCGCCGGUGAGAGCGGCAGCACUGUCACAGAGGUCCGCCAUGACGCCGAGCGCAGCGCCAUGCCAUACGUCGGCGCCAUCGUCACGGCAACCGUGACGCACGUCAACCCGCGCUUCUGCAAGUGCCUCAUGCUGUGCGUCGGCGAGAGCGCGCUGCGGGAGGCGUUCCGCGGGCAAGUGCGUCGCGAGGAUGUGCGCGCGACCGAGAAGGACCGCAUCGAGAUGUACCGCUGCUUCCGGCCAGGUGAUGUCAUCCUCGCCCGUGUCUUGUCGCUAGGCGACCAGUACUCCUACUUGCUGACGACGGCCGAGAACGAGCUCGGGGUCGUGAUCGCACGCGCGGAAAACGGUGGCGCCCCCAUGAUCCCGAUCAGCUGGACGGAGAUGCAGUGCCCAAGCACGUUCGCAAAGGAGAGCCGAAAGGUGGCGCGUGUGGCACCCCCGUCUGCCGUUACCAUCGCUGCUCCCGCGGACGUGACUACGCCGUCGUAGCCAGUAUGCAAACCAUAUCACAAGAGUGUCGCGCGACAUCUGUUCAUGCUUUCGUAUUCGUGCGGUCUAUAUAGGCGGUGAUGAUUUCGAAAUGUUAAAAGUGGACACAUUUCAUGUUUGUUCACAGAGAUAUCAUAUAAAAUAAUACAAAUAAAAACAAUUAUUAAAGUGAG